CGGAGAGGGACAUAUUUAAGUUCUUGUCUCAGCCAGGGGUCCGCUGGAAUGGCUCCAGCUUGGAUAUCUUACUGCAGAAACCCUUCCUUCCCUUUUGUUUUCCAUCUAAAAACAUGGCCGAGAAGCACGAAAACUUACCCGAGCGGAUAGCUGAUGGACGAAUCGAUUCCACCGACACAGCGGCCAGAUAUUUAGGAUUAGUUGCACGAAUCCGACCAUUACUGAUCCCGGCGUCGAGAUAUCUAGCCUACACAUCUGAUGUGGGCGAAGCGUUUAGGCCGGUCGUCAAUCCCAAAGUGGUCACAUCAGCGUACGGGAUCUCGAUUGGCUAUGUGGUGGGUGAUGUGGCCUACGAGGGGUGGAAAGGACAUCUGCAAGCCCAAGGGGAUCCGGAUGACAACCUGGUCAUCGCACUCAAGGUUGCUCGACGGGCUGCAUUCCAGGGAACCGCCAGUAUGCUGUUGCCGGCUUUGGUGCGUCCACUUCCUAGAAAAACUCCUCAACCAGCUAUCAAGUUUUAUCCCCAUCCAAUCUUAUAACAUCCAUUCACUCGACCCAUCUCAUUAUCCAAUAAUGCUAUUAUACGGAAUCCGGAUCGUCGACCGCACAGACCAUUCAUUCUGCCGUUCGUUACUCUAAGAAAAUGAUUUUCUCGAAAAUGGCUAACCCACGAAUCCAUUCGAUUGGUCCAACGGCUGUCGGCUUAGGCAUCAUACCCUUCUUGCCCACUUUAUUCGACGAGCCUGUCGAACAUCUCGUCAACAAGACCUUCGAUCAGAUCGAGAGAAAUGUCUUGGGUCAACUCGUGCCAGAACGCUCAGAUCUCAAGCCCAAAUCAGAGUGAUUUUUACUUAAGAUUGAUAUAUCUAUGUUGACAUCUCUUCUUACCUUAUAAUGGAUCAGUUGGGAGUAACUUAAUCCUAGUGCAGCAGGUUUGAUGUUACCAUUACCCUUAACUAGUAGGCUUCAUCACUUUGAGCAAGCUACUUCAAUCAUCACUCGUAAAAUAUCUAGGGAGUCACGUUUUCCAAAAUACGCAUAGUGCAUGUAUUGGUUAACAUUAGAAACUCCAUGAGCAUUAUGGCUUCAGUUGAACUUGGUUAAUCUAGAGGCUUGUUGGUUAUCUUGAUCCAAAGAAAUAUCGCCUUGUUGAAUCUAGAUGUUUAAUGAUAACAUACAACUUGGUUAUAGGCUGAUCAUGAUUUGAUGUUCCUUGGUUACUGUCUCUUUUUCCGAGACUUGAAGCUAAGCUUCUC